GCGUGUGGGGAGGGCGGAAUAACCCCCCCGGCACCGGGGGCUGGCCCCGGAGCUUGGCUCUGCGGAGAAGGAGGUCUCCAAGGAAGUGAGGAGGCUGCAUCCUGACCAGGGGGUCUCCGCCGUGGGCUGGCUUCGGAGGCAGGAGUGUCCCCAGAGUGCCCCAAGUGCCAUGAGCCUGUGCGACAAGUGACAGCCCCAGCGCUGUGCCCGGUGCUGGCAGGACGCCCUGGCACCCUGGCGCGCACCCACGGGAGAAGGGGGAGCAUGCUCCAGGGGUGCUUGGCCCCUCCCUUCCUGUCGCUGCUCCACUCCGUGUCCCCGCGCAGCCCGAGCUCGGUGCCACCAUGGUGCUCACGCUGGGCUACUGGGACAUCCGUGGGCUGGCACACGGCAUCCGGCUGCUGCUGGAGUACACCGGGACCCCCUACCAGGAGAAGCGCUACGUCUUCGGGCCAGCUCCUGACUUUGACUGGACUGACUGGACCAAGGAGAAGCAGAAACUGGGACUUGACUUCCCCAACCUGCCGUACCUCAUCGAUGGCCCCAUCAAGCUGACCCAGAGCAAUGCCAUCCUGCGCUACAUCGCCCGCAAGCACAACAUGUGUGGUGAGACAGAGCAGGAGAAGGCUUACGUGGACAUGCUGGAGAACCACUUCAUGGACUUCCAGAUGCGCAUUGGUGACCUGUGCUACAGCCCUGACUUUGAGAAGCUGAAGCCUGCGUACCUGGAGCAGCUGGCAGGGAAGCUGCAGGAGCUGUCGCGGUUCCUGGGCUCCCGCAAGUGGUUCGUGGGGGACAAGCUCACCUACGUGGACUUUGUGGCAUACGAUGUGCUGGACCAGCACCGAGUCCUUGCCCCGGAGUGCCCUGAGCUGCAGGGCGGCAACCUGGGCCAGUUCCUGCAGCGCUUCGAGGCGCUGGAGCGGAUCUCUGCCUACCUGCGCUCCGGACGCUUCCUUCGCUUCCCCUUUUUCGGGCCCACGGCCAAGUGGUGCCACACCAAGGACUGGGCAGGGUGCCCGCCCCCCCCCGCCCCCCCAGCUCCUUCUCCUGCACAAUAAAAGCUGAAGGGGGGAGCAGCUUUGCCCCCUUCUCUGGCUG